GUUUAAUUCAAUAUUAGACAUGUACGAGCCAACAUGGUUAUUUAAGUAUAGCAAAGUUUUUAAAAAUGAGGAAAAGUAAAAGUUACAGUUGCAACAAAAAAUUAGAGUUUAAAACUGAUUUCAAUCUCAGGCAGACUUUUCUUCAAAGAUCUCCAUCUGACGAUACCGUAAAAGAUUUAACAACGCAACGGCAAACAAGUAUAGAAACACCUAGUUUCAGGGAGAUAGUUGAAGAAGAUGAAAUCGAAAAAGCUCCAGAAAUUGACAAAAUAGAAAAUAUAAUAGAAGUUCAUGAUGAAUCUGAUGGUAAUAAAACAUCAAAGCCAAAACCCGUUGCAUGCCUUGAAUGUGUAAAACCCAUACAGGUUUUUAAAAGAGAUGAAAUAAAAAGAGGGGAUCAUAUCAAAUUCCAUGGACGUAUAUAUGAUCACCAUGCAAUAGUAGUGGAUAUAAUACAUUCAAAUAAGAAAGAUCAUAAAGUAACCGUAGAAAUUGUACAUGCAUCAAACACGACAGUUGGUGCCAUCUCACCUGGCCAGAAGGUCAAGUGA